AUGGCAAGCACUGGCGAGGCCGCAUUUUGUCAGAUUAGCAUAGAAAAUGAUGUCCGGCUAGAUGGGCGCAGCUGCCAUGACAUGAGACCCGUGGAGCUAGAGCUUGGUGUCAUCGCACAGGCUGCCGGGUCAGCACGCUUGCGCAUGGGCGCAACGGACGUGAUCGUUGGCGUUAAAGUGGAAGUCGGAUCGCCAUCAUCUUCGGCACCUAACCAGGGACGACUCCAGGUCACGGUGGAGUUUUCUCCCUGUGCAUCUCCCAUCUACAAGGGUCGCUUUGGUGAAACGUACGGCGAGCAAAUCGCCGCCGUCAUUGAGUCCAGCUUGGCGCCCAGCGGUCGGGCAGGAGGCGGCGGCGGCGGAGGAGUCGCGUAUGACGGCACACUUCCAACUGCCGCUUCCCCGCACCUCCGAGGUGCGCCUCCCUCUUCUUCUUCCGGCACCCCCGGCCCUGGCCUGGACCUGUCCAAGCUGUGCAUCUUGCCUGGCAAGACCGCCUGGGUGCUGUUCGUGGACGCUCUGGUGCUGAACGACGACGGCAAUGUGCUCGGGGCGGUCAGUGCGGCCACUCUGGCGGCACUGCAGCACACCAGAAUACCAAAGGUGGAGGCGGUGCGGGACGCGGCGGGCGAGGAGGAGAUUGAGCUGGACGACAGCCCGGGGGCCGCGUGGCGCCUGGAUGUGUCCGCACUUCCACUCGUCGUGACGACCUCGCGGGUGGGCUCCCAAUGUGUGAUGGACCUUACAGCGCAGGAGGAGCGCUGCUCGACCAGCGCUUUGCACGUUGCUGUGAACAGGAAGGGCCAGUUGUGCGGCACCACGCUGUCGGGCAGGACUGGCGUGGAGACGUCCAUGCUGCUGAUGAUGAUGGAGACUGCACAGAAGCUGGGUCCUAUCUUGUGGGACCAGCUGAUGGGGUUUUUGCAAACUCGAUAG